GGGAGAGCGCGCGCCUCCACAGUUCAGCCACUGUGCAUUGCGCGGGCUCACGCGCACGCCAAGAGCCGCUCACUUCUCUCAGUUUCACUCUCUACAACGCCGUCGCCUGUCUGGAAAGCUCUUUGUGGAAAAACUAUUUGGUUUUUUAUUUUGGCUUUUAUGUUCAUUUCUCACUUGUCUUCGGCUGACACUGCACGAGUUAUCGGUAAACCGAGAACUUGUCCAUUUCCGUGUGUACGAGCGUCUUCAGAUGCGAGGAUGUGCUUUCCCACAUGACGGUUUAGAGCCGUGCCAUGGUUUUGACCCGGGGUCUCCUCGUGAAAAUGAUCCAACAGGGGUUUUCAUGCGGAAGCUGUCCUCACACAGUCACAUGGAUGUGCUGAUAUAAAAGAGCUCGCAGCAGAAGAAGUUUAUCACAGACACACCUGAUUGCCAGAGACGCUGUUCUUCUAUGGGUACAUGAAUCUGAGUUCCAGCGGCCAGAUGCCUGUGAUGGAGGAAGUUGAUACCAGUGAGAGCAACGGUAUGGCGAAGAGAGUUGCUCUCAUCAGCUUCCUGUCGCUGGUCAUGCUUAUGAGUGUCCUGGGAAACCUACUGGUCAUGGUGGCCGUCUGCAAGGACCGGCAACUCAGGAAAAUUAAGACCAAUUACUUCAUAGUGUCGCUGGCCUUUGCUGACCUGCUGGUAUCAGUGCUAGUGAUGCCGUUUGGGGCCAUCGAGCUAAUCCAUCAGAACUGGAUCUACGGGGAGACGUUCUGCUUGGUGCGCACCUCACUGGACGUGCUACUCACCACUGCCUCCAUCCUGCACCUGUGCUGCAUAUCUCUGGACAGGUACUAUGCCAUCUGUUGUCAGCCUCUGGUCUACAGGAACAAGAUGACACCACUGAGAGUUGCUCUUAUGAUAGGAGGAUGCUGGACUAUCCCAACUGUUAUAUCGUUCUUACCAAUUAUGCAAGGCUGGAACAGUAUUGGAAUAAAUGAUUUGAUAGAAGCAAGGAAGUUCAGUGGCAACUCCACGGUGUGCGUGUUCAUGGUGAACAAGCCAUAUGCACUCACCUGCUCUGUGGUGGCCUUCUACAUCCCACUGGGCCUGAUGGUGCUCGCCUACCAACGCAUCUAUGUAACAGCACGUGAGCACGCCCGUCAGAUCGGCAUGCUGCAGAGGGCAGGUGGUGCGGCCUCUGGCCUUGAAAGUGCUGAACACCAACGCAACCACCGCAUGCGCACUGAGACAAAGGCAGCAAAGACUCUGUGCAUCAUUAUGGGCUGCUUUUGUCUGUGCUGGGCUCCAUUCUUCAUCACCAAUGUGGUGGACCCUUUCAUAGACUACACAGUACCGGAGCAGCUGUGGGCAGCAUGCCUGUGGCUAGGCUACAUCAACUCCAUGCUCAACCCCAUCCUCUAUGCCUUCCUCAACAAGUCCUUCCGCCGUGCCUUCCUCAUCAUCCUCUGCUGCGGCCACCAGCGCUACCGACGGCCCUCCAUCCUCGCAGCUAGAACACCCUGCACAGCUACACAGAUCAACGGCUCCACACACGUGCUCAAGUACUCAGUUCUACACAAUGGAAAUAACAGCGAACAGGAGAAACUGUCAGUGCUGAAUGACACAGAGUCACAGGAAUCCUGCUUCUGACCACACUUCAUCAUGGCAGAAACUGGAAGGUGCCAUCGCUCACCAUCAGCCCCCUCACACCUGCAGCACAAACUCAUACAGGGUAGUCCAGGAACAAAUUAUUGAGUGGUGGACUGAACUGAGCUAUAUGCUCAAAAAUAUUGUGAACAAUGUUGCCAAAGGUAUUUGAUUUAUAUUUAAGGAUGUAAUUAUUUGUAAUGGUUAAUGACCAGAUCCAUUAAUGAUUGCCACUUGUUCCCCAUGACUAUUAUUAAAUAACACGCCAAAACAUGCAUGAUUUCACAAGCAUUAUUUGUGAUGAUUUAAGCAGAAUUUACAAUCAAGAGAACAUUUCUACUGCCCAGACGUUGCAUAACAAACAUCACACUGUGUUCAACUGUAUUGGUUUUAAUAUGCAUCUCAAAUUGCUGAUGCAUUCAUACUUGUUUUUGUGUUCGUUUGUUUUUAAAGUAAGCAUAAAACAUGUUAACAAACAUAGGAACAUAAUAUCCUGCCAAUAGUUUGUACAACAGAAAAUUUUGACAGUUUAUGAUCGACACUGACGACUGGCAGGUGACAACAAAUGUAACAGAAAAUGUGCCUUUGGGAGAAAUUAAGAGUAGGAAAAUUAAUUCAUGUACCUGUGAUCUUGACAGAAUUUUUUUUAAUGAUUUCCACUACAUAGACUUAGUCCUUAGAGGCUUAUAAUGGAUCCAUAACUGAGAUCAUUGUUUGGUACAGGAAUGAUGGCACUUCUGAGUUUCCUUUCAUUUGCAUUCAGUUAUAGUUCAGUUCAUCGUUAAAUCCAUGUUGGGUUUUUUUUGUUUGUUUGUUUGUUUCACAGAUGAAAUAGUCCCACUCAAAACUGUCAGUUUCGCUCUCUGAGCAUGCUCAUCCAUGUAUGAGCAGCAACUAAGUUGGCUAUGUUCAUUGGGACCAAGGUUCUGCGUUGCAUACCUCACCAAACAGUUAUUUGAACAAUAAUUUCCAUCCAGUGCAUCGUCUGGUUUAAUCCAGGAUGCCUUUGAUAUGAGUGCAUCCUACAUAUCCAGUCUUUAUGUGCUUCAAACAUUCAGUUUGUCUUCAUAAAAUUAAUUCUAAUCAAAUCUGCCAAUUCCAAAAUCAGCAGCCUACAGACUAGAGGUUUUUGUCAGCCUUCAACUUAGCCUUUUACUAAACAAUAAGCUUAGGGAUUAUAAAUAUCAUGUCAAAAACAGCUAACUUUUCAGUGUCAGUUAUUCUCAGCAGAGAAAGUAUUUUCACAUGAAAGAAUUGACACAGGCCCUUACUGUUUUCAUACAGAAGCAUAGAAUGCAAAUGUAAAACCCUUAGAAAUAAGCUUUCCCCUUCAUGCUUUGGUUUUAUUUUUACAUAAUAACCUCUCCUGCAAUGAAAGCACUUAUAGCACUUUUCAAAGAUAUUGAUUAUACUUUUCAUAUAAAUAAUACAGUAUUCUGGUUGAUAAUAUUUUAGCAAAGACCAAAUUUAUAACAGAAGAAUGAGGAAAAUUCCUUAAAUGUGACAGUUUGUUGAAGUGUUAAGUGUGGUGCUGUGUUGUUUUACAGAAAAAGAGAGGGAAGCUCAUGAACAAACAGCUCCAUGUGCUCUGCGUAUGCCCUGUACAGCUAAAUGUGCUCUGAUGGUGGGAAAACCCUUACAUUGUGUUUUCUCCUUUUGUCAGCAAAGCUAAAAACCAUUCACACGUGGAUAGCAAAAGGUCUCAUUUUAUGUUUUUAACAGGUGGUCUUUAUAUGCUGAAGGUCAGAGCUUUGACAUGUAAGUUUGCUUUGAUUUUGCUGUAAAUAAGAAUAUUUUUAUGCAAAGAAUCUGGUAGUGGUCUGCGUGAACCGUUGCUUCAGUCUGAGGCGUUAUUCUUGCAGGUUAGUGUAACAGUUAAUGUCAGUGCUGGAUUGCACAGUGUCAUACAGAGCAACAUCCCACAGAGAUAUUCAUAAGAUCACAUACAUGGUCACCACCAACUGGAACUCAGACAGGUUAUUUAUUAAACACUUCAGAAAAUACUGCCAGAACAUCAGACAGAAUUUCAUAUUGACUGUGAAGCUUGGAACUGAACUGAAAAACAACUGGGUUCCUAAGUUGUUUAAUAGGAAUGUAGUAAACCAUUUAAUUAGAUUUUCUUUUCUCAAGACAUUUGGGUACAGAAUACGAAAGUUCCCAAGAUGUCAUAGGAAUCAGCGUAGUUUUAAAGAACGCUCUUCAGUUCAUGGUACUCAGGAUGAGUAGGUGUAACGUCAACCUCAGAAUUACUGAGGCAGGCUUUUGACAGCUGUGUAUUAAAAAUGAUUUUGGAGGAUGUUAAUUAACAACAAGCAGUCUGGAAAAUUAUUUUAAUGCUCCUGUUCCACUCUGAUACUUUAGGCUUUUUAAUUAUGUAGCACCCGUUGACCAUGAGUCACUGAGCACUCAGCAAUUUUAGUGGCAGAUGCAAUCAUGGAAAAAAAAAAAUCACUCGCAUAAUUUUGCUAGUGCCAGUGUGAAGUUUGCUGAUGAGGAUGCAUUUGACUCACAGAAGUGACACAUCCAAAAGUGUGUGGAAAGCUUUCCCACACUGGCUGCCAAAUACCUAUUGCAAGUCAGCAGUGCAGUUUUACUGAAUUGUGCUUUGUAGUUCUCUGACUCUCUGAUCUUGUUAAAGGUGUGAUGUAUUACAGCGAUGUUAACGUGUGACAUAAAAGCUGGAGUAGGCAUGAGGAAUGAACAAGGAUGCAUCUGCAGUGUAUCCUUGCCCUAUAUCGGUCCUUCUCUCUCUUACACACACACACACACACACACAUACAGAGUAACACACAAACACGACUGUGUAUGAAGCCCUGAAGGCAGAAGUUCUAAACAUGAAUGUGUUGUAAAUCUCUCCAUAAGUUGUACAAGAACUUUUGUAAACUCAGUAUUUAUUUUGGUGGAUAUAAAGAUUGAUAUUUUUCAUGUAAGGCUUCUCUUUCAGGGAGCUAUGUGGAUUAAUUUUUCUGUUGCUAUGUGACAGCUCUAAUACAUGAUGAUAAUUAAAGAUGAUGGUAUAUAAUGUAAAA